UCCACACCACACACGCUGAUUAAGAGCUAUUUUAGGUAAGAAGUUCACUAAAUCCAAGAAAUUAAGCACAUAAUAUCAAUCAUGGCUAGCUCGGGCUUCCUUAGGCUUGCUGGGUUCGUGCUCGUAUGCAUGGCGGUGGCCUCUACUGUGGCUGAGGCCGGCAUAACGUGCGGCCAGGUGAGCAGCUCCUUGGCCGGAUGUAUCCAAUAUGCCCGGGGCAACGGGGCUGGGCCUGUGCCGCAAGCAUGCUGCAAUGGGAUCAGGUCCCUCAAUUCAGCGGCCAAGACCACCCCCGACCGCCAGGCUGCAUGCCGGUGCCUGAAAUCCCUCGCUUCCAGCAUCUCCGGGAUCAACUACGGCCUGGUCGCAGGGGCCCCUGGGAAGUGCGGGGUCAGCAUCCCUUAUAAGAUCGCCCCUUCUACCAACUGUGACAACGUGAAGUGAGAGAUACGUCUUGGGGCGUGGAAGAAAGAAAUCUUCAGAGGCAUGAAUUAUUAUUAUAUGUAUGAAUUACCUAGCGAGAAUGAAAUAAAAUGUGGUGACAACGUGGCUUCUUUUUAGGAAGUCAUAUGUUUUGUACACCUUUAAUCACUAUAUAUACGAACUGUAUGCUAUAAUCAUUUGUACC